AUGCGGAGCAUAGCCCGGAACUCCAGCGGCGCCGACCCGCGCGUGCUCGACAGGCGGGCGGAGCCAGGGCAGUCCAGGCACCGCCUUGACCCGCCCCAGCCUCUUCCCCUUCGCUGUUCCUCCCACUUCCGCGGGCACCCAACUGUGCGUCUCCUGCGCGCUGACGUCAGGUGCGUGCCCCUGUCCGGCAGCCGAGGAGACCCCGCGCAGUGCUGCCAACGCCCCGGCUCCCUGCGGGAGCGGGAGCGGUUCCCCCACCCUUCCGUCCCCGCCAUCCCUGUCCUCUCCCAGUCCUCGGGGACACCCCGUCUGCGAAAUCUCGGGGGGCCUGGGAGCGCGGGUCGCGGGGGAGUGCCCGGCUCAAGCUGCGUCCUCCGGGCGGGCGCAAGUCCGCGUUCUGUGGGGACCCGGGGCGGGGGUCGCGGCCGGGGAGCCGGGGGGCUCCCACCCGUGGAGGGGCGCGCGGCCGGGGCUCGGGGCGCGAGCGGGAUCGGGCUGUCACCGGCAGGGGCGGAAGGAAGGGGUCACACCCAUCCCGGGCGCCUGGGCUCCCCUCCCCCCAGCCCGGCCCCGCGGGCUCCUCAGGGCGGCAGGGGCCCGGGUGCCGGGGGCCUCGCAGCAACUCGCGGGCGCCUGGGGCGGGCCGGGCGCGGGUCCCCGGGACUCCCAGGCUGGGUUCUGUGCCUUGCGCUCCGGCCCGACUUCCUGCUUCGCCAGGCGCAGCCGCGGACAUUUUGCGGCACGGGGGGAGGGGAGCGGCUUUGCGGCCGCGGCGGGGCGGCGGCGGGAGGGCGGCUCGCGGGCUGCCCGCGGCGGUGCCUGUCGGCGCUCCCCUCCGCUCGGGUCGCGUCGUCCGGGCCGGGUGGCCCCGAGCCCCGGGCUGCUCUGUUCCUGCCUGAGGUCGAGUUCCUAGCAUUUCCGUCCUCUUCUUCAGCGCGCUCCCUGCCGAUUCAGCUGAAGCUUCCUUUUCGGGGAGUUACCUAACCACCUCCCGAAACCGUCGUUCUGCUGCUUGCUUAAUUCCUCUUAUUGGGGGGAAAUUUUCUUUGUUCGUUUGUUUUUCCUCCCCUUUAAGUCUAAGAGAGAUGCAGUGUGGAAGAUUACGUCAUCGCAGUAUAAGGAGUGAGACUUAACUCCUACAAGUCAGGGACUUAGAAAUCCAGACCGCAUUUUGCAGCUUUAGUCAGUCACCCUUUGGCUUAUUCUGCCUGCUUCCCAACGCAUCGUAUUCAGAUGAUGUUUUGAAACCUUGUUACUGUGUUCAUCGUCGCCUUCAAUGCACCUAAAAGCCAGGAAGGUUUAAAAUCCCAGGAUUAGCUUGUGUCAGGGAAUAAAGUACAAGACAACACCGUCCAUAGCCCCUUGUGUGGGCAUUAACUUUAAAUUGAGGUCCCUUUGACUAUACUAGAAUGAAGUGCUUUUAUUUGUGGGAACACUUUUUCGGUCCAACAUGACUUUCCCAGACUGUUUGACUUCUCCUCUAUGACUUACUGCAUGCCGAGAACCUCCCCAAGUUGAUUCAAGUGCACUUUUUGUGGCGCAGGUGUGUUGAAAAGAGGAUCAGUUACCGCCUGGUCUAUGCUAGACACUUUAGUUUUGUUGCUAAAAACGAGACUUGGAUUUUUAAGCAAAAAACUUAAUGUUUUCAUACUUUUGAGAUCACAAUUUUUUUUUUUUGAGAAAAUGUCUCAAAGACGUUACUAAAUAUAAUUGAUAUUGCACUCCCAGGCUAGAGUGCAGCCCACCUCAGCCUCGGCCUCUCAUGCUCAAGUGAUCCUCCACCUCAGCCUUCUGAGUAGCUGGUACUACAGGCAUGUGCCACUACGCCUGGCUAGUGUGUGUGUGUGUGUGUGUGUGUUUUUACAGACCAGGUUUUGCCAUCUUGCCCAGGCUGGUCUCGAACUCCUGGGGUCAAGCAGAGAUCACAAUUUUUGUUCCCAUAAGUGUUUACGUCCUAAAUUUUAAACACAGAAAAAUGUUAACAAUGUAAAGCAAAUGAGAUCCAAUUGUGUAAUGCAUUGUUGUAAAGAUAGUUCAUGUCGAAACAAGUGCUUUCCCACCGUUUGUCAUUUCUAUAGAGAGACCAGAUUGUUAAACAAAAGGAGUGUUGGUUCAAGGCAGCUUUCUGUAGUGUGUAGGCAUUACAGACCAUGGGAUAGGUGUGGAACUUGAAUCUUCUGAAAUACAUUUGUUAGCCUUGAUGUGAUAUUUUAGGAAUAUAAAAUUGGAAGGCAUCUACUGCCUUAUUUUCUUGAGCUUGCUAUGUUUUAGGAUUUUAAAUAAUACCAAUUUGUGUCCUUCCUUUUAGAAAAUAACCUUGGUUUGAAUGUGUAGUUGUUAUACUGAGAUGGAGAUAAGAGACUGAUAAUCAACUAAAUAUUAAAUGAGCUUGUUUUCAGUAAUGUCUUCAAGACCCAAAAGGUUAACAUCAGAUUUGAAAUAUUUAUAGUGGAUACAAAACUAUUUCAGCAAUGCAGACAAUUAAGUGUGUUGUUGUGGGCGAUGGUGCUGUUGGUAAAACAUGUCUCCUGAUAUCCUACACAACAAACAAAUUUCCAUCAGAAUAUGUACCGACUGUUUUUGACAACUAUGCAGUCACAGUUAUGAUUGGUGGAGAACCAUAUACUCUUGGACUUUUUGAUACUGCAGGUAAAAACUUAAUGUCUUUUAUACUGUUUUGAUCUUUAACAAUUGCUAGUUGUCUGUUUCUUGUGAGAAACUAGCACAUGAGCAAAGUGCUUGCCUUUUAUUAGUUAGCAGGAUUGAACAUAAUG